CACACCAACCAUCGACUCAAACGCUCAGAACCCAUAAUCUUCCACAAUCACACGCCAUCCAUCACCUCUCUUCCAAACACCAUUUAAAAUCACAUAAUGAGUUACGGCGGCGGCAAUGAUUACCAGUCCUACGGAGCCAGUGGAGGUGGAUUUUACACAGGCUCUCAGGCCGGUGGAGGCAGCCAGACAACCCCGGGAAGUGAGGCAAAGGGUCGAGGCUCGAAUACGUUGCGUCCAGUCACCAUCAAACAGAUUCUCGAAGCUACCCAAGACCUAGCCGAAUCGCCCCAUAAGAUCGACGGUAUCGAGAUAAGCCAUAUCACAUUCAUAGGACGCGUGCGGAGUGUUGCCGAGCAGACCACCAACAUCACGUACGUGAUAGACGACGGCACGGGCACGGUAGACGUGAAGCAAUGGGUCGACGCGGAAGCUGCCGCAGAAAGCGGUGCUGCGCAGCAGAUGAACGGGCAGUACGUGCGCAUUCUCGGACAGCUCAAGUCGUUCGGCAAUAAGAAGCAUGUCGGCUCCCACAAAAUUCACGCCGUCACUGACUUCAACGAAGUCGCAUAUCAUCUCCUUGAGGCAACCCUUGUCCAUCUACAGCUCACUCGGGGCCCGCCACCGGACCACACUGGUGGUGCGGCUACGUCCGCGUAUGGUCAGCAGGCUAGAAGUGGCGGCGAUGUUGUGAUGGGCGGUACAGGCGGAGAUGUGGGAGGACCUUCUCAUAAUUUACCGUCGGAAGCCUCCCGCGACGCCAGGCUUGUCUUCAAUGCCAUCAAGGCGGCGUCGGAUUCUGCCGAGGGCAUCCAUUACAGCGUCAUCAAGAACAAGAGCCAGCUGUCCAUGGAUGUCGUCAACAGUGCUGUGGAGGAGCUGUUAGGUUUGGGAGCCGUCUACACGACAAUGGAUGAGUUCCAUGUGGCUGCGAUGGAGUUUUAGGCUGUUUAACCUGGUGAGAGGAAGGUCUCAUGAGAUGAUAUACCUAAUACAUUAGCUCUUCAUUCACAUCCCCAUUACUAUGUAACUACUCCAUAGUGACCCAUUGAAAUCAUAGACUGUGUUGGGAGCGAGCAAAAUAAUAACAACACUGAG